AUGGACUUCGAGUCAUUACGAACGCUCUUAGUGGAAAUCGAAACGACGAUAAAUAAUAGACCACUUACGUAUGUCUAUGACGAUGAGGAAGGAGUGUCGUACCCCCUUACACCUUCUCAACUAGUCUACGGUAGACAAAUCUCAUUAAUGCCAAGUGAUCGACAGUUCGACAUUGUCAGUACUAACCGAUCAUUGGCCAGGAAAGCGAAGAAUCAAAGGCGUUUACUGGACCAAUUUACUAAUCGCUGGAGAACGGAGUAUCUAUUAAGCCUUCGAGAGACAUCGCGCGUUCUUCAUGGAACAGAAAAGGAAACAAUAGCCGUUGGUGACGUAGUUGUGUUGAAGAAUGACUCAACUCCACGAAUGUUUUGGAAGCUUGCACGAGUCAAGGAGCUCAUAAAAAGUCAGGACGGUGUAAUUCGGGCAGCAAAGAUUUGCGUGGUAAAUUCGGGAAAAGGGCGUGUGAUUGAAUUACGACGGCCUAUACAACAUUUAAUUCCUCUGGAGCUGAAAUUGAGUCCAGAUACAGAAAACGAUGUAUCUCCAGCGGUUGAAAGUGCACCGAAAGAAGAAGAAUCGACCAGACAGCGACCGAGACGAAGUGCGGCGGUAGUUGGAGAACUUUUACGAAAGGGGAUGAGAUAA